AAUGGAAUAUAUAUAUAGAGAGAGAGAGAGCAGUUCGGCUUCACAACGUUACAUAGUGUAUAGAGCUCCAAAUCCUGACACCCUGGUCACGUAACACCUUACUCAACCCCACGUAAGAGGUGGCUGUGGCGAGGCCAUUACACACCUAAGUACUCCAAAAUCCUCGCUUCGCCUUCUUAAUUGUCCCAUUGUAGACGUCUUCUCAACGCUUCUCCAGACCGUCACAAGUCAGUGACGUAUUUGACGGGUAGCUAUAGUUCCCUGGAACUGUCUACAAGCACUCCUAACAGGUGCACAAAUGCGAACCUCUCUAUUGGCCAAGGUCGUAGCCACGAUCUACUUGAGAAUCCCCUUCCCUCCUCGUUUCUCCUAAAAGCGUCCCAAAAACACAUAGAAGUGGGAUUCCGCUCCAUGGGACUGAGAACGCUGGCUAUCCGCCACAAUGCCAAAGCUAGUCAAAAGUUGGCCCUACGCAGCGGCAUCGACAGGCCAUUACCGGGGCCGGCUGGAAGGGAAACUGGAAUGCUGGGACGCGAACGGUCCGGCGCGCGCCAUCUUCAACGACGAGCUCCACGUGAAGAUCAAAGACCACAUCGUGACCAAUCUCCCGGAGUCCACGAGCUUCAUAGGCUUCUCGCUGUUCAUGGUCGGGAGGACGCAGCUUCGCACGAGCCCGACCGUCUUGCUCGUGUCGGACGACAAGCCGAGACGCAAGGCUGCCUUCGAAGCGAUUAAGUCCAGCGGGAUCCUCGAGAAAUACCCCGGAUUCCACGUCGCGCAUUGCCGUCUGGCCGCCGAGUUCGAAGACCUGAAGCCGAUGGGCGGCAGGAAAGUGAUGACGCGGCGACACCAUCAUCGUGCUCCGCGCGCGGAUUGUGGGAUAUAUGUCUCUUCGCAGUGUGUCGACGGGCCACUUCUUGUGCACGACCAUGCCAGCGGUGUGCUCGGUGGGUCCCAAGCAGCCAUCGGGUGCCUUCUUUCUCAAGGCGAUCAUCUGUACGGCGUGACUGUCGCGCAUGUGCUGGCCGAUUAUGCGGCGUCCUUCAAGCUAGAUGAUAUGGAUCACGGCCGUCGUUCAAACUCACCAGAUUUUGAAACGACUGCAGUGGAUGACGAUCUAGACGAUGAUCUGGAUGAUGAAUGCGAACCGAAGGUACGCUCCGUCACGAGCGAAGAAAGCAAAAGCCUUCCGGGCGACGGGCCCGAUGACGAGAUUCCUUUAUCUCCGGGCCUUCUGGCCGAUAUGGAUAACUAUAGUUCUUCGCUCACGAGUGACUCACAAGACGAGGAGGAGCCGUUACCCACUUCUCACUAUGACGCUCCGGAUACGGGGAAAACACAACAGCCGGUGCAAUGCAAUGGUCCUGACGACUGUAUCGAAGUUGCGACUAUUGCGCACGUGUCUAGCAAUCUGGAUAUGACGCUAUUGGCGAUAGGCGCUGAUUUGAAGAAGAAAUCUUUCCAUGGCAACACGGUAGACUUGUCGAGGUUCGCCAACACCAUCGAGUCCAUCGACGACGAUGUGGGCAUUUACGUUAGACCGCUUAGCUCUCCGUGGCCGGUACCCGGUCGACUUUCCGCAACAGCAUUCUAUGCUCAAUAUGGAACCACUGGCUUCCAAAGGUUCUACCUAGCCAAAUUAUCGACACCGUUACGUCCAGGAGAUUGCGGGAGUUGGGCCUUUCCAGUAUCAAAUGGAGUACCGAAGAUGAUCGGCAUGGUUGUAGCUGGCAGUCCGAGCACGGGGACUGUAUUGAUCGUACCAGGUCAAACCGUGCUAGACUAUAUCAAGAAACAUGUAGAUGUACAUAAAUGGUAACCCAAGCUGAGGAGAAACUUUUCCUUGAACAGCAGUUUCAAGGUAUAUGCUGAAGUACAGGGGAUUACUACGAGUGCAAGUUAU